CUCUGAAAUUUCAACACAGAGAGAGCGAUAAAUAUAGCAGAAAGAACACAAUCACACUGUGUUCAACUUUUCUUGGCAAUCACACCUGUGAUAAAACCAUCGUCACCCUUCUUGGGCGAUCUUCUUCGAAGGAAAACCAAAAUUUACAGAGAUUUAUGCGUGUAUCUCUAAUGGCGGAAACUGGGAUUUCCAAUAAGGAUCUGAUCGGAGACUUGAAGAGUGAAUUACAGAGACUUGUUGAAUCGAUUAUUGAAGAAUCGCCAUCAGAGGACGAGACUGGAUUUGCACUAAAUGUCGAUAGAGCCAUUCAGACGUUGCAAACUCUGAAAGAUGUGAAGAAGAGAGAAAACCAACGAUCGUCUUCUAUUCUUGAACCCCAUAAUCGUAUUGUUGGUUUUUAUCCUCAAGAAUUCAAUUGCCCUCUUACUAAAAAUAUCAUGAGAGACCCUGUUAUCGUCUCCACCGGAGUGACAUAUGAUCGGUGUUCAAUCCAGAAAUGGUUGAAAGAAGGAAACAGAGCUUGCCCAAUUACCCAACAACUUCUUCCGAGCCCAAAUCUAAUCCCGAAUCACUUGGUUCAAAUUAUGAUAUCGAAAUGGUGCAAGAAUCGUGGAAUUCGGUAUCCGAGUCCUGAUCAUCCUCCUCUCCUCUUAGCGCUUUUGAAGACUAUAACGUCGGCCACUUCAGACGCACAGAAGGAAGCCGCAUGGGCCUUACGCUCGUUAACGAAACGACUCCCGUCUUUUCGGGCGCAUUUUAGCGAAUAUACAGAAUUCAUACCUCAAUUGCUAAGCCCGUUGACCCAAUCCGAAAUUGACCCCAAUCUUCAUCAAUAUUUGAUCACGACGCUUAUGAAUCUAUCAAUCCAUGAAACCAACAAGAAAACAGUGGCAGAAACACCACUGGUGAUUCCGAUUCUAUUGAACGCGUUAAGAUCAGGGACGAUUAAAACAAAGCGUAAUGCGGCAGCAACGCUUUGCACUUUAUCGGCUCUCGAUACCAACAAAUCGCUCAUCGGUAAAGCUGGUGCGUUAAAGCCCCUGAUUGAUCUUUUGGAAGAAGGGCAGUCGUUGGCGAUGAAGGAUGUGGCGUCCGCCAUCUUUAGCCUGUGUAUCAACGAUGAAAACAAAGGACGGGCGGUGGAAAAUGGGGCGGUGAGAGUGGUUUUGAAGAAAAUCGAAGAGAGGGUUCACGUGGACGAGUUGCUUGUGAUUCUUGCAAUGCUAUCGGACCACCAAAAGGCGGUGGUGGAGAUGGCGGAACUUGGGGCAGUUUCUAGUUUGUUUUUGUUGAUUAAGGAGACAAAGUGUGAACAGAAUAAAGAGAAUUGUAUCGCGGUAGUUCAUCGGAUUUGUUUGAAAGAUGAAAACACGUGGAAAGAGAUGCGGGAAGAAGAAGGUCGUUACGGAACGAUUUCAAAGAUUGUGGAAAACGGGAGUUCGAGAGCGAAACGAAAGGCCAAAGGCGUUCUGGAUCGGAUUAACAUGCGUAGAGCCCACACUGCUUGAGCUUAGCUUCAUGGAAACCUGUAGAUUCAUCAUCAAAACCAUGAUCCAUGAGCUUAAUCUGAGGUUUGACUUUUUAGUUGAAUUUGUUGAUUCAUUUUGUAGAUUCUUGUGAAUGAUAAGA